ACAGAACCCGCAGCCUCGGCCGGGCCGUUUAACUUGACCAACGUGUUCAUCUCAUCUCCAAAUCGCCAUCGCAUUCCAUCACCACCACCAACUGCCCCCUUCCGCCAACCAAGAGGGGGUCUACAAACCUCCAUGCAACAAUCACCUUAAUAGCAUCUAUCUACAAACCCCAAAAAUAUCCCUAACUGAUUAAAAACCCAUCCCAACGAAACUCGUACCCCGACCACCGCAUCCAACCUCGCGCAUCAACCCCAAAAAGAGACAGAAUAAAAAUUUAAAAAUAGAAGAAAAGAAAACCAGCAAUGCAAACCUCCGGCCUAACCCAUACCUCACUAACAAAAGCCCUCCUAAUCUACACCGUCGCCUCCUCCAUCGCACUCUCCAUCCUCGACAUUAAACACCUCGCCUCGAUCCAUGUCUCCCCGCAUUUUUGGCCCUACGGCCAAUUCUGGCGCGCCCUAGUAUGGCAAUUCGCUGGUUUCACGAACUCAACGGAGGCGAUGUUCGCCGCCAUUCUCGUCUACCACCUGCGCGUCGUUGAACGCGCAUGGGGAACAAGGAAGCUAGCUACCUUCAUCCUAACAACAGCCCCCUAUACAACGCUCCUCCCACCCCUCCUCCUAACAACACUAUUGCGGCUGCUCUCCCUCUCAAAACUAAACUAUCUGCCCUCCGGACCGACGGCUACCAUCUUCGCUCUCCUGGCCCAGUACCACCUUUCUAUCCCGCAUACGUUCCGCUACCGGAUUUCAACGUCUAGUUCGAAGGCGACCGAUGAUGAGGCGAAGUCGUUGACGCUGCUUUUCUCGGAUAAGUCGACGACGUACCUGGUCGCGGGGCAGUUGGCGCUGUCGCAGUUUCCUGGGAUGGUGUUGCCGGCGGUGCUGGGAUGGUUUGUGGGGUUGGCGUGGAGGAUGGAGAUUUUGCCUGGGGUGGGCGCGAGGUGGAGGGUGCCGGCUUGGGUUGUUGGGGAGAAGGAGAGGAGGAGGGUUGUUGGUUCGUCUGGAGGGGAGGAGAGGUAUGAGGACCUGCGGAGGAGGUUGGAGGGAGAGGCCGCUGCUGUUGCGGCGGAGGCGAGUGGUUCUUCCGCUGCUCGGCAGGGUUCUGGGGUUGGGUUGAGGCAGGGGAGGGGAGCUUGAGUGAGCCAGUGGUUGGAUGAUCCAUGACUAGUGUUCUAGGUCUAGAGGAGCUUGAUGCCCGGGCCUUAAUGUUGAAUCUAGCAACUUGGCUGCAAUUCCAUUCUACAUAUCCCUUUAUGUACUCACA